CGAACUGCUCCAUUUCUCUUUCCGAUCUUGUCAGCUCCCACAUUGCCAUCUGGCCUGCAGUGCAUUGUACGGAAUACCAGAUACGGGAAACAGUCUGGCCUGUUGCGCCGCCGCGACGCAGGACAGGGUGACUUGACUGACAAUGUCAUCCGCGACUUCAUCACGCACCCGGUUGCUGACUCGAUGCCGGCUGUCGGUCCUCAGCGGCAGCACGAGCCAUGCAGGGGGCCAUCCUUCGCCUCCGGCCUGCUGUGGCUGGAAGUCGCCGACUCAAGCGCCGGCUUUCCCACGCCAUGCGGGCGCCCGGGUGAGACACUCAUACUUCCAGGCCAGCUCACAUCCUCCAGCUCACCGCUGGGCGUCCGGAGGGCAGCGCCCAGCCAUAUAUGGACCCGUCAUCUCCGCCAGCCUGGACAUUCACUCGGCGUCAGGUCCGGAGUCGCAUCCGCCAGAGUCCUCUCAAGACAGACACGGACACAGAUACCGGACGCAGGGACCUGCCCCACCCGCCAUCACCAUGGAGCCCGUCGUCCAUCCCGUCUUCGAGCCGCAGACGUCCACCUGGCAGUACGUCGUUGCCGACCCGUCCACCAACGCCGCCAUCAUCAUUGACCCCGUCCUGGACUUUGACCCAGCUCGCAACACCGUCUCAACCAAGACCGCCGACGGACUUCUCGCCCUGGUGAAGGAAAAGGGGUACACCAUCGAGCGGCUGCUCGAGACGCACGUUCACGCCGACCACCUGACGGCCGCCAGCUACUUGCAGGACCGACUGGCCAAGGAGGGGAAGCGGCCGCCGAUCGGGAUUGGGAAGCGGAUCGGGGAGGUCCAGCAAAGGUUUGCGAAGCGGUAUGGCAUUGGCAUGGAGGAAUGCGAGGGUGCCUUCGAUAACCUGCUUGACGACGACGAGAUCUUCCACGUCGGGAACCUCGAGGUCAAGGCGGUGCAUCUGCCUGGGCACACGCCGGACCACAUGGGAUAUCUCGUUGGAAGCAACAUCUUCUGUGGCGACUCCAUCUUCAACACUGAUGUCGGCUCAGCCCGCUGCGACUUCCCCGGCGGCAACGCCGGCGACCUGUACGUUGCCAUCGCGUCCCAUGCGCUCCCCUAGCCUUCCCUCCCAUUCUUUGUCCCAACUAACUCGCAAUCCGUGGCAAAAA